UGUGGGGUUUGCUAUUUUCGUUAAUCCAGUUAGAGCCUAAUGAGAAAUCAAUUGAAGUUUUAUCGUAAGUUAAUAAUUUAUAAAGUCGAAAAAGAAAAAAAUCGUUUUGCGCGCAAGCGUUUCCAUUGGCUUUAAAAGAGGGUUGCGCGUGUUUGUCGCCGAUAACAUUUCCCACAGUUUCUCAUUCAAGUCGCGCGCUUUAAACGGCCAAGAUGGAGAUAAUUGUCAGCUUUUUACUGGUUUUAAUCACUGUCUCAAGAUUGGGCAUCGCGAAAGAUAUCGUUAUAAUUAUAUUAAGUCAACCGAACGAACACCAUCUGAAAGUCGCUGAAAAUUUAAAGAAGGAACUCAACGAACAAGCCGAAAGCUUACAGCAGGAAAAACCGGUUGUUUAUUUCUCGCAUAAAGAUUUUCCGCAUGUCGGACAUUGGACUAUUCUUCCAUUGAUUCCGCAGCUUUACGCUUUACACAAAGACAAUACUUCGUGGUUUUUCUUCGCUGAAGAUCGAACUAAAGUCAAUCUUGCCAAUUUACGCAAAGCGCUAAGUAAAUACGAUUCUAACAAACCAUUAUGGCUUGGCCAUUCUUUGCACGACAUGGAAGCCACCAUUAUCCAUCAUUUCGCGUUCUAUGACAAUCCGAACCAAUUCAAAUUUCCAAAUCCGGCUUCAGGAAUCGCCGUUUCAGCAAAUUUGCUCAAAAGACUGGCCGACAGGUUGGCUCAACAAAACACCCCACAAUCCGAUUUUGGAAUCGACAAUGCUCACGAAUUCGCGCUUUUUGUAUGGGAUAAAGGUCUUGGGGAGGUUUUAACGAAUGAACCGACUUUUUGUAUCACACAGUACAAGGACUGUGCCACUUAUGCACAACCCUUCCAACAAUGCGGUGAGUUGGUUGAAACUGAAUCGAUCUAUUUCGCGGUCAAAACUUGCGCCAAAUUUCAUAAAGAAAGAGUACCAGUGGUACAAAAAACUUGGGCCAAACAUGUCGCCACUAUUGAAUUUUUUAGCGACACUACAGAUAAUUCAAUUCCCACCAUUAAUCUUGGAAUUCCAAACACUGAACAAGGCCAUUGUGCCAAAACUCUGGCAAUUUUUCACCACAUCCGUAAAAAAAUUACACCCCAAAUCAAAUGGAUAGUUCUAGCAGAUGAUGAUACGAUUUUAGGAGUUUCCAGAAUCCGGCAAUUGCUCACGUGCUAUAAUUCCACCAAUCAGGUGGCUUUAGGUGAACGCUACGGUUAUAACGUCUACGAUUCCAGAGGUUAUAACUACAUAACCGGUGGCGGUGGCAUAAUUUUUAGUAAACCGUUACUAAAAAAAUUAACAGAGCCUGGCUUUUGUGAAUGUCCAUCUAUCAACACUCCUGAUGAUAUGUUUCUAGGGUUGUGUAUUGCCAGUUUGGGUGUGAGUGUUACACACUCGCCACUUUUUCACCAGGCAAGACCUGUUGAUUAUCCGCCUCAGUAUUUGCAAACACAGGAUGCUGUAUCGUUUCAUAAGCAUUGGAUGAUUGAUCCGGUCAGUGUUUACAAUAAAUGGUUUGCAGAAGAUGACAAAAAAGUUUCGAUAAUUCGUGAUGAAUUAUAAUAUUUUUGAUACUGUAUUAAUUUUGAGAAUAUAGUUUAUAUUUUA